CCAAGCCUGGGAUUUGUCAGAACUCGAGAGGUGGAAAAUCUGGUUUCCCUUUCCCUAGAGCUUCCAGUGCUGGCUUUGGCACGAUGGGUACCUGGAGGGUCUCACUCUGGGCCCAGCCGGGCUGAGCCUCUGUCCCCGGCCUCCGGGGUCUGGGAACCCCCUCUCACCUUCGUUCUCGGAUGGCACCUCCGCCCGAGUCCAGACACCUGGGUUCUGCACUCUGGCUGGCUCGAGGGGCCAUCUGGUGACAGUGUUUGGCUCAGCAUGGCCCUUCCAGCCCUGGGCCUGGACCCGUGGAGUCUCCUGGGCCUUUUCCUCUUCCAACUGCUCCUGCUGCUGCUGCCGCCGUCCCCUGCAUGGGCAGGUGGGCAGGGGCCCGUGCCCAGGCUCAGAUACUAUGCAGGUGACGGACGCAGGGCUCUUAGCCUCUUCCACCAGAAGGGCCUCCAGGAUUUCGACACUCUGCUGUUGAGUGGUGAUGAAGACACUCUCUAUGUGGGGGUCCGAGAGGCCAUUCUGGCCUUGGACAUCCAGGAUCCAGGGGUGCCAAGGCUGAAGAAAAUGAUACCCUGGCCGGCCAGUGACAAGAAAAAGAAGGACUGUGCCUUGAAGAGGAAAAGCAAUGAGACCCAGUGUUUCAACUUCAUUCGUGUCCUGGUCUCCCUCAAUGCCACUCACCUCUAUGCCUGCGGCACCUACGCCUUCAGCCCUACCUGUGUCUUCAUUGAACUCCGAGAUUCCGACCUGUUGCCCAUCUCUCAGGACAAAGUUGUGGAGGGGAAAGGCCAAAGCCCCUUUGACCCCGCCCAUAAGCACACAGCUGUCUUGGUAGACGGAACGCUCUAUUCCGGCACGAUGAACAACUUCCUGGGCAGUGAGCCCAUCCUGAUGCGCACGCUGGGAUCCCAGCCUGUCCUCAAGACCGACAAUUUCCUCCGCUGGCUGCAACCGGACGCCUCCUUCGUGGCCGCCUUCCCUUCGACCCAGGUCGUCUACUUCUUCUUCGAGGAGACAGCCAGCGAGUUUGAGUUCUUCUACAAGCUCCACACAUCGCGGGUGGCCAGAGUCUGCAAGAACGAUAUGGGCGGAGACAAGGUGCUGCAGAAGAAGUGGACCACCUUCCUGAAGGCCCAGCUGCUCUGUGCCGAGCCCGGGCAGCUGCCCUUCAACAUCAUCCGCCACGCUGUCCUGCUGCCGGCCAAUUUCUCCACUGAUCCUUACGUCUAUGCAGUCUUCAGCUCUCAGUGGCAGAUCGGCGGAACCAGCAGCUCCGCAGUCUGUGCCUUUUCUCUCAAGGACAUCGAGCAUGUCUUUGAAGGGAAAUACAAGGGGUUGGACAAAGAGACUUCACGCUGGACCACUGCUGGGGCUCCCGAUGGGAUCAGUCCCCGGCCAGGCAGCUGCUCGGUGGGCCCGUCCUCUGAUAAAGCCUUGACCUUCAUGAAAGACCAUUUCCUGAUGGAUGGGCAGGUGGUGGCGAAGCCCCUGCUAGUGAAGUCCGGGGUGGAGUACACACGACUUGCGGUGGAGACAGCCCAGGGCCUCGAUGGGCACACCUACCUGGUCAUGUACCUGGGCACCACCACAGGGUACCUGCACAAGGCUGUGGUGAGUGGGGACGGCAGGGCCCAUCUGGUGGAGGAGAUCCAGCUGUUUCCUGACCCUGAACCUGUCCGCAACCUGCAGCUGGCCCCCGCCCAGGGUGCACUGUUUGCAGGCUUCUCAGGAGGCGUCUUGAGGAUUCCCCGGGCCAACUGUAGUGUCUACAAGAGCUGUAUGGACUGUAUCCUUGCCCGGGACCCCCACUGCGCCUGGGACCCCGAGUCCCAAAUGUGCCGCCUCCUGCCCACCCCUGUCCCGAAGUUCUGGGGCCAGGACAUGGAGCAAGGGAACCCGGAGUGGCUGUGUGCCAGUGGGCCCAUGGGCAGGAGCCUGCGGUCUAAGAGCCGCCCCCAGAUCAUUAAAGAAGUUCUUGCUGCCCCCAACUCCAUCCUGGAGCUGCCCUGCCCCCAUCUCUCAGACCUGGCCUCUUACCGCUGGAGUUGGGGGACAGCUACGGACCUGGGAGCCUCUUCUGUGGUCUACAAUGGCUCCCUCCUGCUGGUACUGCACGAUGGGGCGGGGGGCCUCUACCAGUGCUGGGCCACAGAGAAUGGCUUCUCAUACCCCGUGGUCUCCUACUGGGUGGGCCUCCAGGACCAGCCCCCAGCCCUGGACCCCGAACUGGCGGGCAUCCCCCGGGAGCGCGUGGAGACCCCGCUGACCAAGGUCAGGGGCGGGGCCACCCUGGCUGCCCAGCGGUCCUACUGGCCCCACUUCCUCACCGUCACUGUGCUGCUCACCUUAGUGCUUUCAGGAGCCCUCAUCUUCCUCCUCUCUUCCCCACUGGGGGCACUCCGCGCCCGGGGCAAGGUCCAGGGCUGUGGGACCCUGCCCCCCGGGGAGAAGGCCCCAUUGAGCAGGGAGCACCUCCAACCUCCCAAGGAAUGCAGGACCUCUGCCAGUGACAUGGAUGCCAACAAUUGCCUGGGCACCGAGAUGGUCUAACCUCCAGGCAUAGUCUGGGCUGUGGGGUUGGGCAUGGCGCCUGGCCAUGCUGACGGGGCGGCCUGGGGCAGUGCAUGCCUGACCUGGAUGGGAAUUGUACAACACUCCACCUUCCUCCCACAAGAGGAGUCCCUCCACCACCCUGAGCCACCAACGGCACUCAGCGGCUGGGCACCGAGGCUGGCUCCCUGUGGGACUCCCUUCUGCCAAGCCCAGGAGCUCUCCAAGGGGGACUUCCCGGACCUGGACCUGGGCUGUGACAGGAGGCGUUGGAGAGCAUCCUUCGGUUCUGGCCGUUCCGGGACCCUCUGCAAACUUAUGCUCCAGGAAACCCUAGAACGUCUGACUGUUGCAGGACCCAGUGGUGAUCAAUACCAGACAUCUGAACAACCACAAGACAGCAUGUCGCUCCUGGGGACUCCACUCGGAUGGCAGCGCCACCUCAGACACCAAACUCCCCUCUCCCAGGGUUCUUCAGGGAGCUGUUCCCUCCUGCUCCCAUUUUCAGCUGUGCACCACUGACCCCCGGGAAGUCCUUCCUGAAGUCUGACCACCUUUCUUCUUGCUUCAGUUGGGAGAGCUUGUGAUGCAUUCUAGCCUGGCUAGAAUGGCAGGAGUAAUCUGAGCCUUGUUCCUUUGACCUCUCUCCUCUCCCUUCUCCUUUGUUUUGGAAUUCUGAAAACUACUUGUCACAGACAGUUUAUUUUUUAUUAAAAAUACAAAGUUUA